GUGGAAAGAAAAAAUUUGUAGCUCUCGUUUUUAAACCCAGAUGUGCCUAGCGUACUAUACAUAGUACACUUGUAAAAGUAUUUUUCGCAGCAACCCGUGAAUUCAAAUGCACGUGUUUGAUUUCAAAUUCCAAUGCCAUGGUAACGAGUGAGCUUCACUUUUAUUCAUUUCAAAUUUUACAUUCGUAGUUCGGUCAUUGUGUGUUUACAAAGUUGUGGAAAAGUGAAAAAUGAGUUACUCCGAUAUAAGAUUUGUAAGGUAAGUACAAAUUAUGUUUUAUAGAAUUUUUUUUUAGGUCUACUACUAAAAUCUACUAAGGCAGAAGAUAUAGUUUUAUGUUAUUUAUCAAAGCUUUGUCAUUAUUCUACUUUUAGUUCAACUUUUAUCGCCUAAUUCAUAGGUGUACUACAUGUAGUACACCAGGCACAUGCACAACCAUUUCAUUCCUAAUUUAUAAUUUGGCUGUAGAGAGUGUAUUUUUGAAAUUAUAUAUUAAAUUUAAUGGAAGGAUUUUAUAAUGGGAAAAUUAUAGUAAUAUAUGCGCGAAUGACAUUUUGAUUUCAGAGGCCUUUCGCUAAAUGAGGCUCUACGUAUGUUAGAAGAUGACGACGAAAUUUUAGAAAAUGCUACUGGGAUAACAAUAUUUCCCCCUGAGAACGAAGAAGUAACCGAUGAAGAUUCUGGUGACGAAAAUGUAGUUGACAUAAACGAUUUGCCAGGGUUGCAACUUCGUGCACCUGCCGAAAUUAAUUUGAAUCGGCGCGUUGACGACAGUGACUUUUCGUCCGAUGAUGAUCUGCCGAUCUGCUCAAUUGAUCCCUGAAAAGCCUGCAGACAAAAACUUAAGUGCGAAGAAACAAAAAAGGUAUAACUGGACGAAAGAAGACUUACCACCACCAAUUAUUUCUGACAUGGCUGCUGAUCCAAUUGAUCUAAGAGUGAAUGAAAAUAUGAAAAGUCCGUUGGAUUUUUUUGAGUGCUUUUUUUGACGAAGAGCUUAUAGAUAUAAUAGUCGAAGAAACUAAUAGAUACGCUGCUCAAAAAAAUCGAUCACAAAGAGUGAAUAAGACAGAAAUAAAAGCAUUUUUAGGGGUGUUGAUCCUGAGUGGAUAUGUUUGCGUCCCGAGGAGAAGAAUGUUUUGGGAAAGAGAAAACGACAGCCAUAACGUACUUGUUGCAGAAUGUAUAACACGCGAUAAAUUUGAAUUUAUAUUGUCAAAUAUUCAUGUCAAAAACAAUGAAGAUCUAGAUAUCGCGGACCGAUUUUCGAAAGUAAGACCUUUAUUUGACCACCUCAAUAGAAAGUUUAUGGAAAAUAAUCAGAUGGAGGAAAUGCACUGCGUUGAUGAGGCUAUGGUUCCCUAUUUCGGAAGGCAUGGAUGCAAGCAGUUUCUACGAGGAAAGCCAAUAAGAUAUGGGUAUAAGCUUUGGGUAGGAUCAACCAGGCUAGGGUUCGUAAAUUGGUUUGGGCCUUAUCAAGGAGCAUCAACAAACAUAAGUGUGACAUACAGCAACUAUGGCGUAGGUGCUGCCGUUGUUCUAGAAUACGCUGAGACGCUGCGCAAGAAAUGGCGUGAUGAAAAAAUGCACAUAUUCUUCGACAAUUUUUUUACUACUAUUCCACUUAUGGAGAAACUUACAGACAUGGGUUUUCAAGCAACAGGUACGAUAAGAGAAAAUCGUGCAUCCGGCAAUCGAUUACUCGACUCGAAAGUACUAAAAAAGCAAGACCGUGGGUCUUUUGACUUCGCUAAAAUAACUGACCAUAAUAUCAUUGUCGUCAAAUGGAACGACAACAACUUAGUAUGCUUAUGUUCAAAUAAUUCUGGAGUCAACCCGAUAUGUAAUGUAAGAAGAUUUUCGCGAAAAGAGGGAAAACAUAUUCAGAUUCAGCAGCCUCAUUUAGUUCGCUUAUACAACGCAAAUAUGGGGGGUGUAGAUCGAUCAGACCAGAAUAUUGGCCUUUACAGAACAUCUAUCAGGGGAAAGAAAUGGUAUUUUCCACUUAUAACCCACUGCGUCGAUUUGGCAAUACAAAACGCAUGGCAUCUUCAUCGAAACAAUGGGGGUGUCCUUGAUCUGUUGAAGUUUAAAAGACGAAUUGCAACGGUUUUGUUGACGCAAAAUAGAAAACCACCAUCAACAUCUAGGGGACGACCAUCGGCAUUGGUAAAUAUUGAUAUCAGGUACGAUCGCCUUGACCAUUUGAUCAUAAUACAACCUAAGCAAACAAGAUGUGGGGAAUGUCAUGAUCGAACAACCACUAGAUGCCGAAAGUGUGACGUUGGACUUCAUGCAAAAUGUUUUGUCGCAUAUCACACAAAGUGAACUUAUGUACAUAUAUGUGCCUAGUGUACUAUACAUAGUACACCUUUUUUUUCCAAAACUGAAAUAAAUAAAAAAUUAAUUUUGACUAAGAAUGUUUUACUUAACAAUAAAAACUAGAAAACAGAUCGAAAAUUUAAGUUUUUUUGAUUGUCUUAGCUUUAGGCAUAUCUGGGUUAAGAAAAAAUGGUAUGUAGUGCUAACUUGACACCAUAC